AUGACCAAGUCACUUGUUAGAAAAGACAUUACUUCCCCCCUUCGUUCUAGAAUCUGCGAGCUCCACAGAGUCAAUGGCUUGGGCUCAUCUCGAAUCCCGAAGCUUCACCCGGAGCCAAAGCGUGACGCCAUUAAGAAGACGCUAAAGAAAAUCAAGUCUCGCGAUAAGAAUCAGCCCUGCCCUCGAACCGAUCCCGUCCCUAUCCUCAUCGAGAAAGACAGCCUACGUAUUAUCGAAACCCCGACCGAUCGACCGAGUACGUACAGCGAGGAGACACCUAUGGUUGUUGGAGAUCGGUGUGGGAAACUGACACUCCAGCAAUUAUUCCAGGAGCUCAAUAUUCGGAAAUAA